AUGUCGAUCGUGUUUGGAGGUUUGGGGAAGGCAGAGAAAACCAGUCCAAACAUUGGGAUUCCUGACAUUCUCACACGCCACGACAUUAAUGGAGCUCUGGAACCAUCUAACAUCGACACUAGCAUCCUGGAAGAGUACAUCAGCAAGGAGGACUCACCAGAUAUCUGUUUCCCUGACAUCCCUGCUUCAGCCAGCUAUGCACACCCCCAGCCCUCCAGCUCAACCACCAUCAACGCGCCUCUUGCCAGCUCCAUCGCCAAUGUGACCAACCCCGCUUCCAGCGGUUCCCUCCACCUUCCUCCCCCGGGCAGCCAGAUCCCAAUCCGACAUGGUCCUCUUCUGGCCAACCCUUGUGGACCCGGCUACGGUGCUCACCUCAACUGCAAUAACAACAAUGGCAUGGUGGUGCCCAAGGGCUACCUUGGUGGCCACUGCCUAAACAACGUGGUCCCUCCAAUCAAAUCAGAGCCCAAGGCCUCCUACGCACCUGGCACUUUACCUGACUCACCCCCGGACUCUGGAUCAGAAGCCUACUCCCCUCAGCAGGUGAAUGAUCCUCAUCUCCUCCGGACCAUGACCCCCGAAAACAUGUGCCACAUGACUCCCCCUUCUCGCCUGGAGCACCCUCCUCCGCCGCCUCCACCUCCACCACCCCACCUUCAGGGUCCCCCGCCGCCGCCCCCUCACCCGCACCAGCAGCAGCACAACCCUCACUACGCCAGCCUGCAGCGAGACAUGUACAUGAAGGCUGAGCCCCUGAUGCCGCCGUACGGCAUCGGGCAGGGCAUGGCGCCUGCCGACCUCCACCAUGCCCAGCAGUCGCAGAUGCUGCACCAGCUACUCCAGCAACAUGGAGCAGACCUCCCGGUGCACCCUGCCAAGAAGCGGAAACACUCCGAGUCGCCCCCCAACACCCUCAAUGCACAGAUGCUCAACGGGCUGAUAAAGCAGGAGCCAGGUAUGGGGUCCGUGCCACUCAACCCUGACAGAGUCCAAACGCCUCCCUGGCACCAGCCGGGAGCGCUCUCACCAGGCCUGAUUCAAGAUAACGACAGCUUGAAUGGCUCCUACCUGGAUCCCAACUACCAGUCCAUAAAGUGGCAGCCACAUCAACAGAACAAGUGGGCAACUCUGUAUGAUGCCAACUACAAAGAACUCCCGAUGCUCACGUACCGCGUAGAUGCUGACAAGGGGUUCAACUUCUCAGUGGGUGACGACGCCUUUGUGUGCCAAAAGAAGAAUCACUUCCAGGUCACGGUCUACAUCGGCAUGCUUGGAGAUCCCAAGUAUGUGAAGACCCCCGAGGGCCUGAAACCCUUAGAGUGCUUCUACCUGAAGCUGCACGGAGUGAAGCUAGAGGCCUUGAACCAGUCGAUCAACAUAGAGCAGUCACAGUCUGACCGCAGCAAACGGCCCUUCAACCCUGUCACGGUCAACCUGCCUCCAGAGCAGGUCACCAAGGUCACCGUGGGGCGGCUGCACUUCAGCGAGACCACAGCCAACAACAUGCGGAAGAAAGGCAAACCCAACCCAGACCAGAGGUAUUUCAUGCUCGUGGUAGCCUUGCAGGCACACGCGCAGAACCAGAACUACACGCUGGCAGCCCACAUCUCUGAGCGCAUCAUCGUCAGAGCCUCUAACCCCGGCCAGUUUGAGAGUGACAGCGAUGUGCUCUGGCAGCGGGCACAGCUCCCUGAUACUGUUUUUCACCACGGCCGGGUUGGCAUCAACACAGACCGCCCCGAUGAAGCCCUCGUGGUCCAUGGCAACGUGAAGGUCAUGGGUUCGCUGAUGCACCCUUCAGACGUCCGAGUGAAGGAGGACAUCCAGGAGGUGGACACCACAGAGCAGCUGAAGAGGAUCUCCCGUAUGCGGCUAGUACACUACAACUACAAGCCCGAGUUUGCAGCCACGGUGGGCAUUGACAACACCUCUGAGACGGGCGUCAUUGCUCAGGAGGUAAAGGAGAUCCUCCCUGAAGCUGUGAAGGACACCGGGGACCUGGUCUUUUCCAAUGGGAAGACCCUUGAGAACUUCCUGGUGGUGAACAAGGAGCGCAUCUUCAUGGAGAACGUGGGAGCCGUGAAGGAGCUGUGCAAACUGACGGACAACCUGGAGACUCGCAUCGAUGAGCUGGAGAGGUGGAGUCACAAGCUGGCCAAGCUCAAGCGGCUGGACAGUAUGAAGUCAACCGUGAGCUCUGGGGCAUUCAGCCAAACUGGAAGCCAGUUCAGCCGUGCGGGAAGCGUGCCCCACAAAAAGAGACCCCACAAAGUAGCCAGCAAGUCGCCGUCAGUUGUCCCCGAACAGGCCUGCAUCAGCCAGCGCUUCCUGCAGGGCACCAUCAUUGCCCUGGUCAUCAUCAUGGCAUUCAGUGUGGUGUCCAUGUCCACGCUCUACGUGCUGAGCUUGCGCAGUGAAGAGGACCUUGUGGAUAUCGACGGCUCUUUUGCUGUGCCCACUGCCUGUCUCCUGGCCCUCUUUCGGCACAGGGGUCCUGGGGUCCCGGUCGCUCUAUGUCCACGGUCAAGCCAAAACUUUGAUAAAACGCAGAUGGUGCGAUCCACAGCUGCGUCGGACGGAGCCAGUGGCAGGACCCCCACGCACCAUGUCACAGAGGACACGCGUGACUUAGUCGCUGGCUUACCUGGUCACAGCGUGCUAGCCUGCUUCAGCCCACCGUGUUUCUCCAUGUGCUGCUCUGCUGCUCCCACCAAUGUCUCCUCUGUUGCCCUCUCUGAGACCAGCCCCACUCAUGCCACUAACCGGACAGACCAAAGUCAGACCUCACUCCUGCCAGUGACAAAUAUCAAAGCCAAAUCCAGGGGCAUCACCGGGAAAGCGACCUCCUACACCAAGUGGCCAAAGACGCCUGACAGGUCUCAGAGCUUCGGCAGCCCCAAUGCCAGCCCCUCCUCCCCCUUCACCCACAUCCAGGGCAAAUCCAAGUACAUCUCCAACCUCUCGCUCUCCCGCAGCAACUCCCCGCUGGGGCAGGCCCGGCAGCAGCGCAGCAUCAAGCAGCCGGUGAGCGAGUGGCCCCGCACGGAGGAUCCCGGCACGGAUGGGCCAAGCCCAGUGCUGCACUCUGUCCGGAUCGUGGAGAUCAACAUGGCCAUCCAGUCGCAGUACUGCGCAGCCGCCGACGCAUGCAGGACUGGAAACUUCACCUACCGCAUCCCUGUCAACCAGCUCACAGCAGUGAACACCAACCUGACCCUGGAGAUGAACUCCUCCUCUGCUGUGUCCGUCUCCCUUUGUGGCCUUGUCUCCAGCGACCCCUGCCAGGAUGCUGCGAGCACGAACAGCUCCACCGAUGCCACAGACGCACAGGAAACAACGCACCGUUGGCCUCUCGUGAUGAUGUCUUUCCGGGAGUUUGCCUACCACUUCAGAGUAGCACAGCCUGGCCGAGCCAACUGCAGCACUGCUCCCGAGCAGAUGGGACACCUUUUCACUGACUAUUAUUUUCAGUUUUACUGGCUCUGUGAGUGA